AUGGCCAUCGAAACGCCCCCUUCUGUCGCAUGUGGAGAACAGAGCAAGAUGGAAGUCGUUUAUUUCAGCAAUGAAUUCCCCAAUGAAGACCUUCAGGACCUUCUUCGUCGACUUCACCGCCACAGCAAAGAUAGGCAACAUCAUAUCCUAGCCAGGUUCUUUGAAGGAGCCACACGUGUCGUCCGGGAAGAAUUACGACUAAUUCCUGCCUCUUUGAAAGCGUUGAUACCGACAUUUGAGAGUGUCCUGGAAUUUGGAGACUACCCUGACCUGCGCAAGGGGCCCCUUGGCGGGUCUAUAGAUGGCAUUCUGCUAUGUUUAGUCGAGCUUGGUGCCUUCAUAGGGUACUUUGAGAAACAAGCCGAAUUCGACUUUGACCCUCAGACGACAUGCCUCUCAGGGUUGGGUAUAGGCCUCUUAGCGUCAGCAGCCAUUUCGCUUGCUUCGACGUUAGCAGAUAUCGCGACCACUGGCGCUGAAGUUGUGCGCAUUGCUUUCCGCUUAGGCAUUCACGUCACCGAGGUGUCGGAGAACCUAGAGCCUCGCGAUACAUCUCGCCAGCCUGACUCGUGGGCGUGUGUGAUCCCUGAUGUAUUACCAAGCGACGUCCAGCGAGAACUCGACAUUGUCCACAAAAACGAAGGAACGGCUGAGCUUAGCAAAAUCUUCAUCAGCGCACGGAGCCCAACAUCGGUGACGAUUAGUGGCCGUCCUUCAAGUCUCACAGCCCUCUUCCGUGACCACGAUUUCUUUCGCAACAACAAGUAUAUAUACCUACCUGUAUUCUCGGGACUAUGCCAUGCAGCCCAUAUUUAUGGUCAUGAAAACGUUCGAAGCAUUGUCCACACGCCGCAAUUGGAACAGUUGGAUUCGAAAUUCGUUCCAACCAUAAUGGUUCUUUCAACAGGAACAGGUAAUCCUUACUCUACUAAGAGCGCGUUGGAACUUUUGGAGCAGGUCGUCUACGAGAUAUUGACCAAAGCCAUCGAGUGGAGCAACGUCGUCAACGCCAUAACUUACAUAGCUGGGGAUUGUAGAGCAACUGAAUGUGAGGUCUUCAUGUUUCAAAUGUCCCGCCCAGUACUCGAGCUCACGGAAUCACUGGAAAAGUUGCCAGAGCUCAGCACUACAACACGGGCCAUUACGCCAUGGAUCAGCAGCUCGUCUGGGCAAUCUGAAACCCCAAGAGGGCCGAUGCAAUCGAAGAUUGCUAUUGUGGGGAUGUCGUGUAGGUUACCGGGCGGUGCAACCGACACCGAAGGAUUUUGGAACAUUUUGGAACAAGGGCUCGACGUUCACAGAGAAAUUCCCGCUGAUCGUUUUGACGUGAGCACGCAUUGUGAUGAGACGGGCAAAAAGAUGAACACGAGCCAUACUAGAUAUGGCUGCUUCAUUGAUCAUCCAGGCUUAUUCGACGGCGCAUUUUUUAACAUGUCUCCCCGAGAGUGUGAGCAGACGGAUCCAAUGCAAAGACUAGCACUGGUGACAGCUUAUGAAGCUCUCGAGCGGUCGGGCUUUGUCCCAAAUCGUACAAGAUCAACCAAUCUCCACCGUGUUGGCACCUUUUAUGGCCAGGCCGCUGACGAUUAUCGCGAAGUCAAUGCGGGUCAGGAGGUCGAUACGUAUUACAUUCCAGGUGGUUGUCGGGCUUUCGGCCCCGGUCGUAUCAACUACUUCUUCAAGUUUUGCGGGCCUAGUUUCAGCAUUGACACGGCUUGUUCAUCAAGCCUUGCCACUAUCCAGACUGCUUGUACCUCCCUGUGGGCUGCGGAUUGUGAUACAGCGGUAGCUGGUGGAAUGAACGUGCUUACCAACUCCGAUGGCUUUGCAGGCCUUAGUAAGGGGCAUUUCCUAACCAAGGGGCCCAACGCCUGUAAGACAUGGGAUGCUGAAGCCGACGGGUAUUGCCGUGCAGACGGGGUAGGAUCUGUAGUCCUGAAAAGACUAGAAGAUGCUGAAGCCGACAACGAUCCUAUUCUCGGGGUCAUCCUCAGCGCCGGGACUAAUCACUCAGCUGAAGCCAUUUCAAUCACACAUCCUCACGCAGGAGCUCAAUCUAUGCUGAUGCGACAGAUAUCCAAUCGUGCGGGGCUCAAUCCUCUCGAUGUCAGCUACGUCGAAAUGCAUGGAACGGGCACCCAAGCUGGCGACUUAGUCGAGAUCAAAUCCGUGACCGAUGUAUUCGCCCCGUCCAACCGUCAUCGGAAUCAGCCGUUGUAUAUCGGUGCGGUGAAGUCUAACAUUGGACAUUCCGAGGCAGCAGCUGGAGUUACUGCUUUACUCAAAGUUCUUCUGAUGUUUGAGAAGAAUAAGAUUCCACGCCAUAUUGGCGUCAAAACCGGCGUUGUCAACCCCGGAUUCCCAAAAGACCUGGAGAAGCGCAAAGUUUACAUUCCGUUCGAGGAGCAACCAUGGCCCCAUGUCCUCGGGAAGAAGCGGGUGGCUAUAGUGAACAACUUCAGCGCUGCUGGAGGCAAUUCAUCUCUCGCUGUUGAAGAAGCACCUAUUCGGGAACGAACGCAUAAAGACCCCCGCACAACUCACGUCAUCGCUGUUUCUGCUAAGAGCUCGGUCUCCCUAAAGGGUAACGUGGAACAGCUGAUCGCCUAUCUGGAGGCAAAUCGGGAUGUUCAUCUAUCUGACCUGUCAUAUACCACGACCGCCCGAAGAUAUCAUCAUAAAUAUCGUGUUGUUCUGUCUGCUUCUGAUAUCAACACCGCGAAACAAGUACUUUCAGCCGCGUAUGCCACCGUGGAACAAACGAAGCCCAUUUCGGCACUCAGUGCACCGUCGGUGGUUUUUGCUUUUACUGGCCAAGGCGCAUCGCACAAGUCAGCCAAUGUGCAGUUUUUCCACUACUCAAACGCUUUCCGAACUCAUAUAUUACAUCUGGAUGCGCUAGCGCUACGAUGUGGUUUCCCAUCCUUCAUUUCCGCUAUUGAUGGAAGCUUUCCUGAAGACCACACCCACAGCCCUCUUGUCACACAACUAGCUCUUACUUGUACUCAAAUAGCACUGGCCAAGUACUGGAGCUCGCUCGGUAUAAAGCCGAAUCUGGUGAUUGGCCAUAGCCUGGGCGAGUAUGCAGCCUUGUGUGUUGCUGGUGUACUAUCUGCCAGUGAUGCAAUAUUCCUUGUUGGCCACAGAGCAAAAUUGCUUGAACAGAGAUGUCAAGUUGGCAGCCACAAGAUGAUGGCAGUCAAAGCCUCACUUUCUAACAUCGAGAAAAGUUUGGAGGGCACAAAGUUGCAGUAUGAGGUUGCUUGUAUCAAUGGACCAAUUGAGAUUGUACUCAGCGGGCCCAGCACCGAGAUUGAAGCAGUGGGUAACGCCUUGAAAGCGGCUGGCCACCGCUGUAUCAUCCUUGAUGUCUCGUUUGCAUUCCACUCGUCACAGACUGAUCCGAUACUGGAAGACUUUGAGACUACAGCCAAGCAAUCGGUCGUCUUCAAAGCACCAAACCUGCCGGUAAUCUCGCCUCUCCUCCGCAAGGUAGUAUUUGGCGCAAAAUCUAUCAACGCCAAUUACCUCAGUCGCUCCACUCGAGAAACAGUCGACUUCGUCAGUGCACUUCAAACUGCCCAGAAAUUGAACCUCGUCGAUGAGAAGACGGUUUGGGUCGAACUUGGCCCUCACCCAGUGUGCGUGAACUUCGUCAAAUCUAGCAUCCCCGGAACAAUUACAACCGUUCCUACACUUCGCAGAGGUGAAGAUAGCUGGACUACAAUGGCACGCAGUCUUGGAGAGUUGCAUUGCCGUGGUAUCGAAAUUGACUGGAACGAGUUCCACCGCCCAUUCGAGGGAGCCCAUAUGGUCCUUAACCUUCCCACGUACAAAUGGAACGACAGAAACUACUGGUUGCAGUACAAUGGAAACUGGGCACUCACCAAGGGGAAUACAUUUUAUCUCAGUGACUCACCAGCAAGUCUUCGGGGCUCUGAUUCCGGACUGCAUACUUCUACGGUCCAGCACAUCAUCGAGGAAACCAUUGAAGGUGCUGCCGGAAUGGUUGUAAUGCAGUCAGAUCUGUUGCAACACGAUAUGCUCGCGGCUGUCCAUGGUCAUCAGAUGAAUGGGUGUGGUGUGGUUACGUCGUCUAUUCAUGCUGAUAUCGCCUUCACACUCGGUAAUUACUUAUACCGAAAGUUCUAUUCCAGUGCAACGAAAGUUAGUGUGAACAUGAACGUUGCCAACCUUGUGGUGGUGAAAGGUCUCGUAGCAAAGAAGAAGCAUGAUACGACGCAGUUUCUCCGCGUCUCUAUCAAGACUACGGACAUAAACACGAAUCAUGCCGAACUGCAAUGGCACAAUGUUCAGGAUAAUGGAAUGCCUGAGGAUGAACCUUUCGCUACCGCGGACCUCUAUUAUGAAGAUGCUGAGGAAUGGCUAAGUUCAUGGUCUCCAAUUGGUCACUUGGUUCAGAGUCGGGUUGAUACUCUGAAGAGGAUGGCUAGCGAUGGAACAGCAAACCAAUUAUCUCACAAGAUGGCUUACGCGCUGUUUAAACAUAACCUCGUCGAUUAUGCCGAGAAAUACAGGGGCAUGCAGUCGGUCACUAUGCACGAACUCGAAGCCUUCGCUGAUGUAACCCUGAAGAGCGAAGGUACUGGUACGUGGACCAUGCCACCGCAUUUCAUCGACAGUGUCGCUCAUCUUGCGGGAUGCAUUAUGAACACUUCCGACGCCAUCGAUCAAAAGGCUAAUUUCUGUGUAACUCCGGGGUGGCGGUCUAUGAGAUUCGCCCGUCCUUUGGUUGCCGGGGGCAAGUACAGGUCCUAUGUCAAGAUGAUCCCAACUGCAGAAGACCCUUCAAUUUACUUGGGAGACCUCUACGUCAUGCAGGAUGAUUCUAUCAUGGGUAUGGUAGGGGGAAUGAAAUUUCGCCGAUACCCACGCAUCCUUCUCAACAAAUUCUUCUCUGCACCUGAAGAUCACUCUGCGACACUCGCAAAAGUACCAAAGCAGCUGCAAAAUCCUGAGCCUGCACAUGCUCAGGGACCCAAAAAGUCAGCACCCCUGACUUCCAACCCCGUGGUAGUUGCCCCUAAGACUUCAUCAUCCGAGAAGAUGGCCCCCCAUAUGGCAGAAAUUGUACUCCCAACUGUUCCAGACAUUGCGACUGAGCAAGACACCUCUGAUGAGGACGAUAACACUAUUUCUAAAGCUAUGGCGCUCAUUGCCAGGGAGGCAGGUAUCUUAGUUUCAGACUUGCAGGAUGACGCCAUGUUUAGUGAUUUGGGAUUGGACAGCUUGCUCAGUCUCGUUGUCGCCGAGAAGUUCCGUGAGGAGCUUGGUAUAACCGCCAGCGGAGGUUUGUUUCUUGAAUAUCCAUUGGUUGGGGAUUUGAAAACCUGGCUGAAGGAGUACUAUAGCUAG